AUGAGUCAAGCCAGUGCCGCAUUUUCAAUAGAUUUAGGAUACGAUGAAUUCAGCCACCGUCCUAUAUCUCCAAUUAAUAUAAGGAAAUCUGCACCUUAUGUCUACUGCCAAAUACAGGUUUGUCCAAAAGGCUGGAGCUGUCUGCCCGACGUGGGUGACAAUCCCAACUUCGGCUACACCAGCUUCGACAACUUCCUGUGGUCGAUGUUGACUACUUUUCAGCUCAUCACGCUCGAUUUCUGGGAGGACGUGUAUAAUAAGGUGAUCGCCACCCAGGGUCCUCUACAAGUCGGCUUCUUCGCCAUCGUCGUCUUCUUCGGCUCCUUCUACCUGAUCAACCUGAUGCUCGCCGUCGUGGCCAUGAGCUAUGAGGAGGAGGCGGAGAACACGGAGGAGGAGAAGACUAAGGACCUGAUGGACCACCGCGACGACUCCACCUUCAGCUUCGACCCCGAGAAGCUGACGCACGCGAAGCCGCUGGAGAAGAAGAAGCCGAAGAACCGGCGCGUGAUCGUGAUGCGGCGCGGGGCCGGCAUCCUCACCGACGCCUUCGCCAACAAGAAGAAGAAGAAGCGCGAGAAGGAAGGGAAGGGCCGGGGGAGUCCCUCGUCCGAAGACACCCCCAAGCAGCCGGACGCGCCCCCGACCACGCCGCGGCUGGGGGGGUCUCACCUGGGGGUGCUGGAGGGCAGCCAGCCGCUCUCUCGGCCCGCGUCGCUCGUCAUCACGCCCCCGCCCUCCGCCACGCCCGCAGCGCCCUCCCCGCACCCGGCCUCGCCGCAGCCCUGCCAGGGGGACAGCCAGCGGGGCCCCCCUGCCCCCGAGGGGGACGGGGCGCCCCCCGGGGGCGGGGAGGGGGCGCCUCGCACCGGGGCCUCCUCCUCCUGCGACCCAUGUACUGCAGCUUCUACCCGCUGUUGCACCUGCCACUGCCACACCAGGCAGCACGCAGGGGGCGCCGCGCCCCAGCAGGGGAUCGUGGCCCUGCGGGGGGGCUGCGAGGAGCCGCGGCCGCACCUGCGGCUGGGCUACAACGCCUCGCACCGCCAGCCGUCCCUCGACGACUCGGGGGUCGUCGGCGACCACGACGGCGCCGACAACAUCUCCAUCCACCACCUCCCGCACAUCGUCCAGGUAAGCCCUCAGCUUGCGCUCCGCCGCUUGCUCGCCGCUUGCUGGCCGCCCUUGCGCCUCGACGAGCGCCCGCGCCCCCGCCCGCUCUCUCGCCCUCGUCGGCGAAACGAUCAGAUCCGCGAAAGACGGAACAGGGAACAAAAAUCGGGGAAGAGGGAGCAGAUCUAA